UGCAUCCAUAUUCAUCGUUUUGAAUCUGUAUGCUAACAGUCUGUUGUGAGUUAGAGUGAGCUACAGUUGUAAACACCAAAUGUAUUAACUAUAUGUAUAUUUACUAGAUAUCGGCGAGUUGUUAAGGCAACAAUGCGAGUGGAACAAUGUUGCUAGCAGCUGUGAAGUAAUGUCAACUCAUCUCGGUGAGAUAAUUUUCAACGAACGUAUUGUUCAGGAAGUAAGUUAGCUCGCCAGCUAAGUUAGCUAAUGUUAGCCCUGUCGUACGUUAGCUAUCUUACACGCUUCCUAAUAACGAUAGUGAGGUUUGUCACCUGCCGAUGUUACACAGAUGUCCCGGUCCACAUGCCAGUAGCUAGUUAUGGUUGCAAUUCUGCUUUGUUUGUCCUGACAUUUCAUCAGUUUAUCCAACGUUACGCGAGCUCGGCCUUGCUAUUUGAAUACAGUAACUAACGCAAAAGAAAAAGUAAUGGUGAAGUCAGUGGUGUAACGCUCCAUCCUGCAGCUGUCUGACGUUGUUCGGUUACUAUGAGCUCCCUAUCUGCCGAGCCGCCGGCAUCAAGCUCAUCAUGCAGGACACUACCCGGAGAGGGAAAUCAGGUACAACCAAAAGCCCCUCUCCUGCAGAUUCUGCGUGUUGCUGGAGCCCAGGAAGAAGUCUUUACACUCAAAGAGGUGAUGCACUACUUGGGUCAGUACAUAAUGGGGAAGCAACUGUAUGACAAACAGAGGCAGCACAUAGUGCACUGCCAGGAUGACCCUUUGGGAGAGCUGCUGGAGGUGGAGAGCUUCUCUGUCAAAAACCCGAGCCCCGUGUAUGAAAUGCUCAAGAAAUACUUAGUUGUGCUUGGUGGUUCUGAUGCUGCAGAGAAUCUUUCUGUGGGCCGUGAAUGUGUAGAGGGCGGAGUGGAGGAUCGUGGUCAGAUUUGUGGAGGUGUGGUCAAGGCAGGGCUAGAGGCUGUCAUAGAUGGGCCUCUCCUGCAGACCCCCUCCCAACGACGACCUCGGGAGCCAGACGAUGACUCCCUUGAAGGCCUGCCACGGUCAGCCUGCAAAAGACCCAAACUGGAUGUUACUUUGGACGAGUGGGACUUAUCUGGCCUGCCCUGGUGGUUUCUGGGUAAUCUCCGUAGUAACUACAGCCGCAGGAGUAAUGGCUCCACUGACAUCCACACAAACCAACUGUCUCCUGCACAGGAUGAGGACACAGCCAUUGUGUCGGACACCACCGACGACCUCUGGUUCCUGACCGAGGGCGGGAGUGAACAGGUGAGCGUGGAGAUGAAAGAGGCUGCACUGGAGGAAGGGAGCGCAGGAGAAGGCGAGGCUCUACCUGAGGAUGAUGAUGGAGGAGGGAAGGAGGAGAAAGCAGAUCGAGAGAUGCAGGAGGAGCCAGAUGAAGACUCGCAGUGUCUGAGCGAUGACACUGAUACAGAGAUCUCUACACAGGAUGCGUGGCAGUGCACAGAGUGCAAGAAGUAUAACACGCCUUUCCAGAGGUACUGUGUCCGCUGCUGGGCUCUACGUAAGAACUGGUACAAAGAUGUCCCCAGACUCGCCCAUUCCCUUUCCGUUCCUGACAUCCCAGCAUGCAGCUCUCUCACCACCCAUGAUGAGGAAGAUGACAGUGACGCAGGCAUUGACGUUCCAGACUGCAGCAGGACAGUCUCUGACCCUGUCAUCCUGCCCUCCCACUCCACAGCUGACCGACCACUGCCCACUAUGAUUACAGGGAAAGGCAAGGGGCCUUGGCCGUCCAGCUUCCACAAGGAUGAGCAGCUCUCAGGAGGGGAGAGUCAGGAAAAUCUGGGCAUGGAGAUUGAAGAAGUUAGACCCGAGGCACUGCUGGAGCCUUGCAAGCUGUGUCGAGUUCGACCACGCAACGGAAAUAUAAUACACGGACGUACGGCUCACCUGCUAACCUGUUUCCCAUGUGCAAGGAGGCUACACAAGUUCCAAGCGCCUUGUCCAGGAUGUGGGAAGAUCAUUCAAAAAGUUAUUAAGAUAUUCAUUCUCUAAAAGAUAAAGUCAGGCACUUGGGACCUCAAAAACAAAAAAAUUCAACACAUUCAACCAUACAGAUGCAUGCACUCUGGUACACACACACACAGUCACACAGUCACACACAGUCACACACACACAGUCACACACACUAUGCACCUUACCCUUAAAAUAAUAAUUAUAGCACUUGGUGAAGCUUGCUCUUGGUUGCAUGGUUUUUUCUGCAUCACACUGCCUCUGAAGUAUUGUUAGAUGAAACCUUGGACACAAGAAUUUGUCAAACCAAAUGUUUGUUUUGGUGCCACAUUUUAAAUAAGGGACAUAGAAAGGCAGAAGUAUUUAUUUAUUAGAAUAUCACCUAGGAGUGUACAGUUUGUGUGAGAUAUUAUUUGAUUUGAUGAAGGCUUGUUUUUUUCAGGCUGUGAAUUUUCUCAUUGUUUUUUUUGCAUUGUAUUGAAUGGUGCCAUUUAAAACUAUUUCUUGCCAUAGUUCUGUUAGUUUUGUUUGAUUUUCUUUCCCCAUAGAUCCACAUCACAUCAUCUGGACAAACAUGGAAAGAUCAGUGCAGGUAUUUAACUACAAUAAUAUUUCUUUAAGCAUCUUCUAGGCCAGUUUGUUCUCUUUUUAAACCCUUUAUGUCCUCUUGGGUAUUGCAGCUCUGAGAUUUGAGUUACGAAUACAGGAUUGAAGGAAAGAGUCCUAAAACCAUGAAUUUGUUGUCAACAGCUGCAGCUCUGUGAAAAUAUCCUUAAGCUUUUCUUUUCUUUCAGCAUACUUGAAUGUACAAUACAAAUGUGGUGGCUUAAGUCCUGUUUCUCAACAUAGUAUUUUAAAAUGUAGAAUUGAAUUUAACCUGCUUGAGAAUACACAGCUGAAGUAUUUACUGUAAUCUUCUCCCGGGCUAGUAAUUUGAUGUUAAUAUGUAUUCAAUACCGUAUUUGCAAUUGCCAAGCCUCUGAUGACAGUUAUGCCUGCAGUAAGUUAUGUCAUAUCAUUGUUGGUUACAGUUUAAAUGUUAUCUUUCAGAAAGGGUUCUUAACAUCUAUCAAUGAACAUUUUCUGUAUAUUUAGUAUUUAAUUUAUUUAUCAUUCAGUUUUAAUUGUUUAGAUGGCCACCACCUCUAAUGAAGCAGAAAAGGGCUGCACUUGUUACAGAGCUCUAAUAUGUAAUUUGACAGCAAAAUCUUUUUUUCUGAAAGAUAUUUGGAAAGUCUUUAAGGAAACAGGCUAAGUUACUAAAUGUACCCUUGGUAAAAAUGAGUUGGUAAACUUAGAGUUGGAGGUUUGAUUUUCAGCGUUACACUGCCACGUAAUGACUCUGAACUUUAAUUUGUGUAUUAUAUAUUUUAUUUUGAUGGCUCAGCAUUAUUUGAAAAUUGUAUCAGUGUGUGAGCUGUCUACAAAUACAGUAUGCUCUAAAACGCUCACAUGUAAGAUGUCCAGUGACAGUAAGCGUUUUAUUCUUGACUCUGCUUUGCUCUUUACUUGCGUUUAAUCUUUCUGCCAGCAGGUGGGGAGAAGUCUCAUUAUUGUAUCUGGUGCCUACAGAAGCUGUACAGCACCAGUAAUAACAUGUAAAGCAUAUAUAGAGCAUGCCUGUCGUCGUGACUACAGCCAGCACUGAGCUGGUGUGCGAGCUAUAUGGGAUAUAUAAAAGCUAUUAAAGAUUAAUGUAACCUGUUGUAUUUAUCGACAUAAUUGUGCAUCGAGGGGGGGGGGGAAACUUCCUCUAGAUACAGACCUCAUAAAAAUAGCUAAGCACGUAUUAUGCCGUUGAUACUGGUUCAAAAUGACAGAUUUGUUGCAGUUCUUGACUUUAAGAGUAAUAUGCUUUAACAUAGUACAGCUAAUAUAGUUGUUUUUUUUAAUCUACCGGUCAUGGAAUAAAAUAAGUUUUGUAAAGCAAUAAA